AAUAAAUAAAAUAAUAAUAAUAAUAAUAAUAUAAAUAAUAAACGUAAUUGAAUAAUAAAACAAUAAAACAAAAAAGGCCACAUGUGCGUGAAACGGGGUUGAGCUUGCUGAACGAGUGAAAUUCGAUCAACGAAGGAAGAAUUAAACCACCAGAUCGAAGAAGAAGAAUAUUUAAUUAUUGACGAACGCAAAAUUAUCAUUGAAGAUUUGUUCAACUUUAUAAAAAAAUAAAGUUACUAGUUUCUCCAAAAAAAAAAACAAAAAAAAAGAAGACAAAGAAGCAACCAAAAACUGAAGAUGAAUUUCGAAGAAUAUCGCAAACAUGGAAAAGAAAUGGUGGAUUACAUUGCCGAUUAUUUUAAAAAUAUUCGUUCGAGACGUGUAUAUCCGUCAGUAUCACCUGGUUAUUUGAGAAACGCAUUACCAACAUCGGCACCAUUGGAUGGUGAACCAUGGGAUGAUAUUUUUGCCGAUAUAGAAAGAUGUAUCAUGCCGGGUGUUACUCAUUGGCAAAGUCCACAUAUGCACGCUUAUUUUCCUGCACUUAAUUCACCAGCUAGUUUGUUGGGUGACAUGUUGGCAGAUGCCAUCAAUUGUCUUGGAUUUACUUGGGCGUCCAGUCCAGUUUGUACAGAAUUGGAAAUGAUCGUGAUGAAUUGGUUAGCUAAAAUGAUUGGUUUGCCUGAACAAUUUUUACAUAGGCCUGGUGUAAACGAUGGUGGUGGUGUCAUUCAAACAACAGCAUCGGAUUCAACCCUUGUUUCUUUACUCGCAGCAAGAACUCGUGCUAUCAGAGAUGUUCAAGAAAGUGAACCUAAUCGUAGUGCAGCUGAUAUCAAUUCACGUCUCGUCGCAUAUUGUUCUGAUCAGGCACACUCAAGCGUAGAAAAAGCCGGACUUAUUGGAUUGGUAAAAAUGCGAUACAUCGAAUCUGAUGAGGAAUUCAGCAUGAGAGGUGAAGCACUUGAAGAAGCAUUGGCCCGUGACCGUGCUGAUGGUUUACUACCAUUUUUCGUAUGUGCAACUUUGGGUACAACAGGUGCAUGUUCUUUCGAUAAUCUCAUGGAAAUUGGUCCGAUAUGCAUGAAAAAUGGUUUAUGGUUGCACAUCGAUGCUGCAUACGCUGGAAGUGCAUUUGUUUGUCCUGAAUUUCGUGGUUGGCUUCAAGGAAUCGAAUAUGCCGAUUCUUUUGCAUUCAAUCCAAGCAAAUGGUUGAUGGUUCAUUUUGAUUGUACUGCUAUGUGGAUAAAAAGUAGCCAAGCAUUGCACAGAACAUUUAACGUUGAUCCAUUAUACUUAAAACACGAAAAUUCUGGACUCGCUAUUGAUUUUAUGCAUUGGCAAUUACCAUUGUCGAAGAGAUUUCGUGCAUUGAAACUUUGGUUCGUAAUCAGGAAUUUUGGUAUAAGUGGACUUCAAAGGCACAUACGCGAGGGCGUAAGAUUGGCACAAAAGUUUGAAGCAUUGGUAUUGGCAGAUCCACGUUUUGAAAUACCUGCUACGAGACAUUUAGGUUUGGUUGUAUUCCGUUUACGUGGUGAAAACAAUUCUACUGAAAGAUUAUUAAAAAAAAUCAAUUCACGUGGACGAGUACAUUGCGUACCAGCUGCUUUACAUGGAAAAUACGUCAUCAGAUUUAGCGUAACUUCUACCAAGGUUACGUAUGUUGCGGAAGAUUAACAGAAACAUCAAAUGAGCUUCCACAAAUGAAAGAGGACGAUGACAGUAUGACACAUUUCGAAUCAACAUUAAGCAUCGACAAAAAUGACGAUGAUUAUUCUACUUACAACGAGAUAUCUCGAGAAAAUACGAUGGAACGUUCGGAAUCUGAUGAAUUUCAUGACGAUAAUGAUGAUGAUGAUGAUAAUAAUAAAAUAAAAAACGAAAUAGCCAAAGUUCAUUCAGUAUGUGCUAUAGCCAAUAGUAAUAAUGAUUCAUUUAUCAAACAACAAGAUAUUCAAGGUCAAAAUUUAUCAAGUAUGUCAUCCGGAGAAAAGGGUAGUGGUGUUGGUAUACCUAGAAGUGAAACCAUAGGUGCGAUUGGUCAUCGACCUUACACAGGUGGUGAAUUAUUAACGACUCGUAUUAAAUCGAAUCAAACUAUCAAGGAUGAUAAACAACAACAACAACAAAAACAACAACAAUACGAUGAUGACAAUUAUAAGAACGAUCAUGACAAGGACGGCAUACUUUGUCAAAAGUGUGGUCAUUCAUUGAAACGUCAGUAAAAUUAUAAUAUUAUUAUUAUUAUUAUUAUUUAUUAUUUUAUAUUAAUUUAUUUCUCUUCUCUUUUUUGU